AUGUCCACCCGCAAGAGAAAGCAAGACGCCGAAGAGGAGGAGGUCCUCCAGGCGCUGCCUAGCGACGAGAGCGAGGAGGAAGAGGACGAUGAGGGCGAUGACGACGAGGAUGAUGGCGGCGAUGACGUUAGUGAUGAAGAUGAGGAGGAAGAGGAGGAAGAAGAAGAAGAUGAGGGUGAAGACGAAGGCCCCCCAGCAGCAAAGAAACAGAAGACCGCUCCCGCAUCUAAAGACGAGGAGGGUGCCGAGAAAAAGAACGGAACGAACGGCACGGCGAAGACCAGUGCUCCCGCCGAAGAAGCUGUGAAGGUCAAGGGCGGUGAUGUUCCCAAGGAGUCUGCGCUGCCGGAGGUGGAGGACGCUGAGGAGGCUGAGGAGUGA